AUGGGCUACAUACCUGUGGAGAUUUUCGCCUUGACACUUGUGCUAGGUUUAUACCACUCGGCUGAAGGGGGAUGCUCUGGAAAGUGCUGUCGGGGUACGGACCUCACCUGUGCAACCACUGACUGGAGAAUGGACCGAAUAUAUGGGACGUGCUACUGCGAUGAAGGCUGUGUGAAAACCAAAGACUGCUGCUUUGACUACCCAACAGAAUGUCCGGAGCAGCCAUGCGUUGUGAGUGAGUGGAGCUAUUGGAGCGGCUGUGCCCAGGCAUGCCAACCUUCCUUUCGCGUGCGGAGACGACAGAUUGAGAGAGAGCCCAGGAACAGUGGGCAGGCCUGCCCUCAGCUGGAGGAAAAAGCUGGCUGUAUGGAGUACCAGUCCCACCAGGGCCAGCAUUGUGCUCAGACCUUCGGGCCAGCACUGAUAACAGCACUGGAGUUCAGCAAAGGAAGGACAACAUAUGAUUUAUAUGGGGCCCCGCUGGACCCUGGGUUCUGCAUGGAGUUCAAAUUGGAGUCACUGUCCCCUUACUGCAUGGUGGAAAACCGUCCCUACACACGCUGGAUGCAGUAUCUACGUGAAGGGUACACUGUUUGCGUGUCCUGCCAGCCCCCUGCCAUGAGAAAUAACAGUCGCACCUGCCAAGGAGACGGUAACUCUGCCGACAGGGAUGAACUCUUACACUGGCAGGCAGUGGGGAACUCCCGCUGUAGAGGAACCUGGAAAAAGGUGCAGAAGCUGGCACACUGCUCCUGUCCAUCAGUGCAUAGUUUCAUCUUCACUUGA